AUGGAUUAUCUGAUGUUCUUAACAUAUCUUUUUUCUCUCUUCCACAAUUCUCAAAUAGGUCCUUCUCAUUCUUCUCUUGAUUCUAACAGUAAAAUCUUCAAUGUUUUUGAUUAUGGAGCAAUAGGAGAUGGAUAUUCCGACGAUACUAAGGCAUUCAUGGAUGCAUGGGAAGACACAUGCAAUUACAUUGGAUCUAAAUCAACCAUGGAGAUUCCUCAAGGAAGAACAUUUCUUCUUCAGCCAAUUGGAGGAAACUUAACUGCUCCUUAUGCUCCGUAUAAAUGGAAAUGUAAUAAUGAAGAUGAAUGUCAUAAGUGGAUCGAGUUUGCACAUAUUAAUGGACUUUAUAUCGACGGUCCUGGUACCCUUGAUGGUCAAGGGCCAAAAUGGUGGUCGCUAAAUUGCAAAAAGUAUAAACAAGGUGUGGUUAUAUCACAUUCGAGUAAUGUGCAUAUAAGUAACAUUGUGGUUAAAGACAGUCCAAACUUUCAAAUGUCUUUGGAAGAUUCUAAAUGGAUUUCCGUUAAGCAACUCACCAUAACCGCCGAUGGUGAUAGCCCUAAUACUGAUGGUAUUCACAUUCAACGUUCUCAGAAUGUCUUCGUAUACAAUAGUAACAUUCAUACAGGGGAUGAUUGUAUAUCUAUUGGUGAUGGUUCAAAGUACGUUAAUAUAUCAGGAAUCUCGUGUGGUCCAGGUCAUGGGAUAAGCAUUGGAAGCUUGGGUCGAAACGGGACUAAAGAAACAGUGGAAAACGUUAUCGUCCGAGAUUGUAUCUUCAGGAAAACAGAUAAUGGGGUUAGAAUCAAGACAUGGCAGGGAGGAAAAGGACAUGUUCGAAAUAUUUUAUUUGAACGUAUAAAGCUACAUGGUGUAACCCGACCUGUCAUCAUCGAUCAGUUUUACUGUCCUCACUCGCAAUGCAAAAAUCAUACCGAAGCUGUGGAGAUCAAGAAUAUAAUGUACAAGCACAUACAUGGAACAGCAGUGAAGAAACCGUUUGUGGAACUCCUGUGCAGCAAAUCAGUUCCAUGCGGAGAUAUACACAUGAACGAUAUAAACAUUGUUGACCACGACGAAGGAAAAGAAAAAAAAUAUCACAAAAGGUCGACACAUCCUCCUGCUGAAUGCAUCAAUGUUAGAGGAGAGUCUAGUGGUGCGAUGAUACCUAAACUAGCUUGUUUAGAUUCUAAAAGACAUUGA